CUCGAGUAAAAUUCAAGUGGGAUCAUUACAGUGACAAAAGUUGCGUGCGGCUCAGAAUAAUUGCAAGAAAUUGUCGCAAUGGUCCAGCUGAAGUGGAAAUAGAUGACUGGCUAACUCACAGAAAAGGGAGAUAAAGAAAGAAAGCAGCAUUUCGAUAGAGAAAGACAUAGAAAAAAUUAAAAAAAAAAAGGGAGGGUUGUUUGUUUGGCAACGAGAGAGUCAAAAGAAAGGAAAAGUUAAUUUCAUAUAUAUUUUUUGUUGUUGUUGUUGUUGAGGGGCUAUUGGGGCAUGGAAGGCCUGGCCAUGCUCAGGCAGCUCAUCGGUCAGCUUCAAGGGCUCUUGCAACUCUACGGCUCUCCUCCUCCUCCUCCCUCUCCUUUUCACCUUCUUCACUUUCACCAUCCCCCCGACGACCACCACCGCAGGUGGUGCUUGCCCAAUAUUGAUGAUACUUCUGCAGACGAUUACUACAGUCUCGUAAUGGCUGCUGGGAUAUCUGGAAACUGUAAGAUGUUGGAACCUUUCAAGCCUCCAACAAGCAAGAAAUCACGAAAGGAGCGAAACCGAGGGAAAUUACCUGGAAGUACCCAUAUACCUGAGGUUAUGGAACAAGAAAUUUGGAAAGAAUUCCCUGAAGACCUUUUUGAAGCUGUCAUUGCUAGACUUCCCAUAGCCACAUUCUUCCGCUUCCGCUCAGUUUGCCAUAAAUGGAAUUCCUUGCUGGACUCACAAAGUUUUUCUCAGCAUUGUGCUGAAAUCCCACAAGCCAGUCCCUGGUUCUACACCAUUACUCAUGAAAAUAUGAAUGUUGGAGCCAUGUAUGACCCUUCCAUGAGGAAAUGGCAUCAUCCAACAAUCUCUUUUCUGCCAGCAAAGAUGAUUGCUCUGCCAGUUGCAUCUGCAGGUGGUCUAGUUUGCUUUCUUGAUAUUGGUCAUAGGAACUUCUAUGUCUGCAACCCUUUGACUCGGUCAUUUAAAGAGUUGCCAGCUAGGUCGGUUAAAGUGUGGUCACGUGUUGCUGUGGGAAUGACUUUGAAUGGAAAUUCAACCAGUGGAGGCUACAAGAUUCUGUGGGUGGGGUGUGAUGGAGAGUAUGAAGUUUAUGACUCGGUGAAGAAUUCAUGGAGUCGACCAGGAAGCAUGCCCUCAAACAUUAAGCUGCCACUAUCACUGAACUUUCGGUCACAAGCAGUUUCCAUUGAUAGCACAGUUUACUUCAUGCGGUCAGACCCUGAAGGGAUUGUGUCCUACAAUAUGGUUACUGGGGCAUGGAAGCAAUUUAUUAUCCCAGCUCCACCACAUUUGAGUGACCUCACACUUGCAGAGUAUGAGGGCAGGAUCAUGCUUGUGGGAUUGCUGACAAAAAAUGCUGCUACUUGUGUCUGCAUAUGGGAACUGCAGAAGAUGACACUCUUGUGGAAGGAGGUUGACAGAAUGCCAAACAUAUGGUGCUUAGAGUUUUACGGGAAGCACGUUAGAAUGACUUGCUUGGGCAACCAAGGUUUGCUCAUGUUGUCAAUGAGAUCAAGACAAAUGAACCGAUUAGUUACAUACAAUGUGAUGAGCAGGGAAUGGUUGAAGGUUCCAGGAUGUGUUGUGCCACGGGGGAGAAAGCGACAGUGGAUAGCAUGUGGUACUGCAUUUCACCCAUGCCUCACUGCUACUGCUUGAUUUCCAACCCUUCUUUGUGUUUCUGGCAGCACUGGCUUGUCAAGGAAGGAUUUUCCUAUUUUUCUGAAUUUGCCAGACUGUUUACGCUUGGCUGCUAACAAGCUUUCGCUGCUACUUCGUCUUCCUCCGGGUUUUCUUUAUUGUUUUAAUGGAGUAACAGGAAUGUACAUUUUCUUUAUUUUAUUUUAUUUUUUUUGUACAAACAUGUGGAUGAAUAACUCUAGUUUCAUAAGACACUUCUUUAAGUGCACAAGCUCUGUUAAGACUGUUUAAUUAUGUUGAAUUAAGAUAAAACACGAAGAAUUGAGUGGUUAAUUGCCUCUUGAAUUUUGAUGGAUUAAUACUCAACAGAGUUUUUGUU